UCAUCUGCGGCUCCGAUUGUCCAUCUCCAGCGACCAUCGCCACAAAAAUCGUCACAAAACAAAACUACGACCGUUGAUUUGGAUGUCGUUCCCCGUUUAAAAAUUAAAAAAAAAACCCCAAACCGCCGGGAAAAUUAUUAAAAGUUGGUAUUUGAAUUACAAUACAAAAAAAAAACCAAAAUAACUGCACUCGAAUUUAAAGCACGCACAACUCUGUUUUCAUUGAGAAGACGAACAUAGCGGUUUAUUCGGUUUCUCGUUGUUGUUGCUGAGCGCGUAAGAAUUCAAAGCAAACCUGGAAAAAUUUCGCGCGUAUGUGUACGGCUUGAUUUUUUUUCGAGUGUGUGUUUUUGCGAAUACAAGUUUUUUUAAUUGUGGCGCGAUGCAAAUAUAUCGGAAUGCCAAAUGAGCUAUAAACAAAAAGAGCUACUUAGGAAGUGAUUGAAAAUGCCGAAUCAUCUGAAUUGAGCGGUAGAAACCACGAGAGCACGACUUAAAUUAGCUGGGGAAACAUCGAGGGGCACAUCCACACGCAAUGGCCAUCAAUCAGGGCAAGUACAAACCGACGAUCUGCGCCAUCGACGAGGUGGAUGACCGCAGUUUCAAGCUGCACAACAGCCAGGACGAGAUCGGUGGCAAGCAGCAGCUGCAGCAGAUAGAGGGCAGCGAAACGGCUCCACUGACUACCAAUCAGCAGAAGUUGCACAUGGACGACGGCUCACAUCUGACGCCCAAGGAUCUGGAGGCGGCGCGCCAGGAUGCCCUUAACGAGGUUGCAGGUGGGGGAGCAGGUGGCAGGACUCCAGCGGCAAUCACACCCAACUCCACGCAUCCAUCGGCCAAUGGACUGAGAGCCUUGCUGCUUCCAGGCCGACGAUCCUUCGACGCACUGAUGAGCCUGUCGCGCAAACGACGCAUCCUGUACGUAACCACCGCCUGCCUGUGCGCCCUGCUCCUGCUGAUCAUCAUCCUGUUGCUGGCCUUCUGGCCGGAGGUGCCCUUCUACCUGCGGGCGCCGCUCUGCCUGGAGAAGGAGUGCGUGGAGAGCAGCCGGCAGCUGCUCCUGUGGGCCAACACCUCGAAGAGUCCUUGCCACGAGACGUACGAGUGGGCCUGCGGCAAUUUUGCCAGCGACUAUGCCAACCACGACUACUUUGUGAUCAAACGCGGCGAGUGGAACUACGAGACCUACAAUGAGUAUCAGGAACUCAAUGAACUGAAUCGAUUUAUUGCAAUGCUGCCAAAUUCGCAAGAGGGUUCCGUGGAGUCCACGGUGAGCAGUUUGUACCGCAGUUGCCGCGAGACCGAUGUCCUCGACAAGAGCCAGUCGGAUCUGCUCCUGAAACGGGCCAUCAAUGCAGUGUAUGGCUGGCAGGCAUUCCGCGACUCAAAUCGACUGCAAUCCUGGGAAUACAAGCGGGUUCUGGUCGUCCUACAGGCCAAACAUGGCAUAUUUCCCUACUAUCGCGUCACCGUGGAGAACGGCUUUAGUAAUCCCCACGACUAUGUGAUCACCCUGGAUGAGGGGGAACUAGGUCUGCCGGACAAGUAUUUCUAUGGCAAUGAUGCUGAUGAGGAAGUGGUUCGUGGCUAUAAGCUGCUCCUCCGGGACUUUGCCAUCAAUAUGGGAAUCGUUUCCCGGGAGGCUGAUCUAUUUGCCGACGAUAUUUUCCACUAUGAACGACGCAUUGUGAAUCACAUUGAGGACGCCAAAGCUGAUGGAAAUCGUCAUGUAAAUAAGCUAAUGCGUCUGGCCGAUCUGAAAAUUAUGGCACCAUCUUUGCCCAUUGUGGAGUCUCUACAAGCCAUUUUCCCAAAAACCAAAAUCACUGAAGACACCGAGGUCUUGGUACGAGAUCCAGAGGUUAUGCAUGCACUAUCUGUUUUACUCUCCUCUUCGGAUAAAAAGCCUAUUAACAACUUUAUAAUAUGGUCGCUGGCUCGUAAAAUGCUGCCGCAUUUGUCCAAGGAGUAUCGAACUUUGGCAGAGAACUUUGACCAUGCCUUGUAUGGACGCACGGCCAGCUAUCCUAGGUGGCUCAUAUGCAGCAAAGUGGUGCGCGAUUGGCUGCCCUUUGCGGUGGAUGCACUGCAGCAACAGCCACCCAGGCAGCAAUUCGAAUCGGUGACGUCCAAGAGUAGGGGCUUAAACAAGACCCGGGGCAACGAGGAGCUCCUCAAGCUGAUGUUCUUCAGCUUGCGGAAUCAGUUGAAAGAUUCGCUGGAUCAAGCCAAAUGGCUGGAGCCGGCGGCCAGGCAGUUUAUCCAAAAGAAACUCAACGAGAUGCGGCUGCAGUUUGGCAUACCCGAUGAGGUGUUGCAGCAGCCCAACUAUCUUGCGCAAUACUACAACGAACUGAUACUCAAUAAUGUGUUUUUCGUGGAGCAUUUGGAGUGGAUUUGGACAUUCCGUCGAUCGCAGAUGGAGAAGAAGCUGGGCCCGCUGGCCAUACUGGAUGUCAUUGUUUCCGAGAUGUACACAAGGGACAAUCCACAGGCCAUCGCCUACUCCAAUAAACUGAAUAUGCUGCUUGUCUCCAAGGUGUUGAUUAGCUCCAAUUACUAUGACUACCGAUAUCCUGUAGCCGUGAACUUUGCCCGCAUAGGCACUGAUAUAUUGGAGGCCCUGAUCGAUAACUUCUCCACCUUCCUGCUGCAGUUCAACACCCAGAGCACGGAUAUCAGUGAUGCGGCGCCGGAGAUUCGGUAUGCCCAGCCGGAUGUGAAUUGUCUGGCAGCAGGACAGCCACCACGGUUGGUCCACGAGCUGAAUGAGCUGUCGAGUAGUGCUCUGAAGAGCUUCCAUGUAACGCUGAGUGCAGCUCGAACGGCAGCGAGGGCGCUGAGUAACUUUGUGAAUGCCAUCGAUGCGGGCAGUGCCAUCCAGGGAUCGGGAAUCGAUCAGGCUAAUACCUAUGAGGCCCUCGGACUUACCAGGCGGCUGAGGAUACCUGGACUAAGGUCCUUCAACGAGAACGAACUCUUUACGCUCUCCUACAUGCAGCAGCACUGCAGCACGACCAUUGCGGACAAGGACUACGCCAGGAUCAAGCCGCUCGUAGAGAGUCAGCUGGCCGAGAGCUAUCUCUUCAACGCCACCUGGCAGCACAUCCAGUUCCUCCCCCGCUCCACAAACUGUGCCGCCGCGGAGGCAAGUUGCUCCAACCUGCUCUGAGAUGCGAUUUUCCAUCCACCAGGACCUCCACCUCAGCCAGAGCCCUGUGGAUGAACCGGAGGAUGAUGUCCAUGCCAGCUGCGAAAUGGAUCAACCUAUUUAUUGUACUUUUUUUUACUCCCACACAUUGCCAGAGACACAGA